AUGACUGGGCGUAAGCAUGCAGUUCCAUGGCUCAGCUGGACCGAGUGGCACGACGUGUGUGUAAAGUUAUUUAGUAGCGAUCCAUACGCUCAACAACACGGUGUCUCUCGUAUCGCAUCCUGGCGCAAUCGUGCGCAAUUACCCGUAGCCAUUAACGCUACGGCACAAUUAUUGGAGCUUCAGCUUCAUGAGUCAAUGGCACAGCAUCAUCACCAUGCAAUAGGCGUGAGCUCUCGCUCUUAUAUGGAGUUGUCUCUCUUAUAUUCAAGCAUUAUAGUACGUUGUGUCAAUGGUCUAGUGGAUGGUUCACAGAAGGGCGCGUAUGCCUUGGCCGUUAGUACCUUGGCACAACGCAUUGGUAUUCCAUUGUGGAUCGUCGACUUGCGUCAUGAAUCAACACACAAUCAAUUGCCAUCAUUAUCAGUGCUGCGUUUUGCUGCUCGUCAUCUAUUGGCGUGGCUUCGAACGAAUUAUUGGGAAGCUCAGAGACUACAAAUGAGAAGACAAGUGGAUCAUGUCUCGCAGUGGUUGUUUGAACAAUUGCCACAUUUAAACAGACAAUUGACUGAUGAGAAGGAGAAAGAGGACUCGAUACAAGAGGACAUUACGCAGGUACAAAUUGACUUGAAGCCGAGAUUGGAUGUGGACACUCUGCGGAAUAUUGUAGUGCCCCUGCUGGUUAAUGGUGAGCACUUUGAUGCGCCUGGGGUGUCGACUGGACUGCUCUUCCUUGAGGAACCUCUACAGCUAGAAGAUAAAGGAUCGAGAGAUACUACGGCGAUUGUGCAAAAAGAUGCAUUUAUCACGCUACUACUGCAACUGCAGCCAUUGUGGAGGAGCUUUAGUGCGUCGUUGUUAGCGAGAUUGUGUCAGAAAGUAUUCGACGCUAUCUGCACACAGAAAUCCUGGUCGUUAAGUGGACAAGGUGGAGAACUGUCUAGUUUCUCUUUCGGUGACCAGGAAAAGUGUACUUUCAAGCAGAAUGAAGUGGAAAUGACGUUAUUGUGGAUCAAGUUUAUGAUCAGCAGCGAUUAUCGUGAAAGGAUAAAGCUGCAAAUUGGGCCCAUUCAUGAUCUGUGCCAAUGCGGCGCCGAAAUGCUUGCUCUUGCCGAAAAUCUCCAGCCUGACGACGUAAUAGAAGGUCGAGAGGAGCUGUUAGAGCGUUUGCUAGCUGCGUUGAGAUUCAGCAAAGCCGUCAAAAACCAUUCAACGUUGGCAAUAGAAGCGGCAAUUGCUACCAGCUUAGCAUCUGAGUCUGCCAUAGGCUGGACCCAACUCCCUGCUUGGGUGGAGAGCCCCAUUGGCCUUCGCUAUUGCUACACAAGUUAUGAAAGUAAUAGCCAGUGUCAAGUGCUCGAGUUUUCACUUGACGAUGAUAGUCUGACGCCAGACAGCACAACAUUUGUCCUUCCUGAAGACGAGGAAGAAGAGGGUAUCUAUGAUACCGGCGCCGAUGAUGUCAUGAAUGCGCUCAUGGAAGACUUGGACGCAGCCUAUGUCGCUACUCUUCAGCAAACUCUCGAUUUGCAGGCCACGAUUGCUCGUGAUGGCCUUCGACAAGGUGGCAGUGCAAUGGUGUUGCCGAAACAAGAGCUUCAGCGUAUCCAGGAGGAGAUUGAAAUUUGGUAA